AUGAUGCAAUCAAGGCUUUCAGCUGUCUUCUUUUUCUUGUUGAGUUUGUCAUUUUGCCUGACAAUCCCUAUUCCCCUUGAAGACAGCCAUGAAUUCACAGAGAAAGACCUUCAGUUUGCAGAGCGCUAUCUCAGGACUCACUAUGAUCUCCGUCCAAAUCCUGCGGGCAUAAUGAGGAAGCGUGCCAACACAGUGGCAUCUAAACUUCGAGAAAUGCAAGCUUUUUUUGGCUUGGAAGUGACAGGCAAAUUAGAUGAAGAAACAUAUGAGCUUAUGCAGAAACCAAGAUGUGGUGUUCCAGAUGUGGGGGAGUAUAACUUUUUCCCUAGAAAACUCAAAUGGUCAAAAACUAAUUUGACAUACAGAAUUAUGAAUUACACGACAGAUUUGAGACGUGCUGAAGUAGAUAGAGCUUUCAAAAAAGCAUUCAAAGUUUGGUCUGAUGUGACACCACUUAACUUCACCAGAAUACGAAGUGGUACAGCUGAUAUCAUGAUCUCCUUUGGCACUAAAGAACAUGGAGACUUUUACCCCUUUGAUGGACCCUCUGGAUUACUGGCUCAUGCUUUUCCCCCCGGUCCAGACUACGGAGGAGAUGCCCAUUUUGAUGAUGAUGAAGCUUGGUCAGAUGAUUCUAGAGGGUAUAACUUGUUUCUCGUUGCUGCCCACGAAUUUGGUCAUUCACUGGGACUUGAACACUCCAGAGAUCCUGGAGCUCUGAUGUUUCCAAUUUACACAUACACUGGAAAAAAUGGUUUUGUGCUUCCUGAUGAUGAUGUGCAAGGGAUCCAGGAGCUCUAUGGUGCUGGAGACAAAGAUCCGAACCCAAAACAUCCCAAAACACCAGAAAAAUGUGAUGCAAAUUUAUCACUUGAUGCAAUAACAGAACUUCGUGGAGAAAUGCUGGUCUUCAAGGACAGGUUUUUCUGGCGACUGCACCCUCAGAUGGUUGAGGCAGAACUGGUAUUACUUAAGUCCUUUUGGCCAGAGCUUCCAAAUAAAAUAGAUGCAGCUUAUGAAAAUCCCAUCAAAGAUCUUGUAUUCAUGUUUAAGGGAAAGAAAGUCUGGGCUUUGAAUGGUUAUGACAUAGUUGAAGACUUUCCUAAAAAGAUAUAUGAAAUGGGAUUUCCAAAAGAAAUGAAAAGAAUAGAUGCAGCUGUCCAUAUUAAAGACACUGGAAAAACUCUCUUUUUUACUGGAAAUAAGUACUGGAG